CUUUUCUUCAGCACUUAAUCUGAUAUCUCACACAACUAUGGAUCUCUCUUGGUGUAUUAUCUGCGACUGUCACUGUACUGAAGACAAUUUGUAUUGCUCUGACAAUUGCCGCAACAAGGAUACUUCUCAACGCACACAAAACAAGUCCAGUAGUCCAGCGGUUCCUCUUUCACCACCUUCAUCACCCCUUCUCGAACCAUUCCUAUCUUCAUUUCAUUCUCACCGUACAAAAUCAGUCGCUCGUUCAUUUGGUGGCUACAUCACACCUCCUGGCUCACCAGAAUCCGUCUACUUUGAUCGUUGACCAAAAAGGCAGACACAAAAUCAUAAGAAAAAGACCGAUUGCACUCUUUGUUUCACAACAGUUUAAAAAAUCACUUCACCACACUACUCUCUCAAUGGUAAACCGAUUCCAGCCGACGCCACUGAUAAAAUUGCCUGUCUUUUUUUCAUACUGAAAAUAAGAAGCACAAUGGCAUCGUACGACUUGUCGAUAAAAAAAAACAGAACCCCAUUUUAGCUCAACACUAUAUUGUAGCAUCCCAGGACCAAAACUAUUCAACACUUGGAUCCCCCAACCCACAUACACCCUAAAAUCAAUUACUAUAUAUAUAUUUUCGAUUUAUUGUAUUUCUUAUAUUACGUUUCAUUAUUAUUUUUGAAGC